CCGGAAGUGGAAGUGGCGGGGCGGGGACCUCCUCGCUGUGUACGUAGUGCGGAGAGCCGAGCGAACAGAGGGCUGCUUGUUCUCCUCCGACGUGUGCGCCGGCGCGUCCCUCUCAGUGAGCAGCGGGGAACAAGGGGCAGCCACACGGUCGCACAAACGGAAUGUCGCUGCAGACCCACACGACGGUGCGUUCCUGGGUGAAGACGACGGACGAUGCUAAGCGGCUCGGCAACUAGUCCGAAGUAGCCCCCGUGUGCGCGUGCGCGUGGUUUCAGCGCGUCCACCUUCCAGCUGCCUGUUGUAAGACAGUCAACCGUAUUUCUCCGAGCGCCGAGCUGCAGGUGGGAAGCAGCCGGCUGUGCCUCCCCGCGGCGGCCACGUCAGCUAGCUCCCGCCGGGGUCUCUGUCGUCACCUGCCCUCCCCCCGAGGGGUCCCGCCGCGGCCAUGGCUCCGAUGGGCAUCCGGCUGUCCCCGCUCGGCGUCGGGGUGUUCUGCCUCCUCGCCGUCGGGGUCCUCUACCACCUGUACGCCGGGGUCAUCACCAACCGCCUGGCUGCUCUCAGACAGAGGAGAAAAGUGGAUCUGAGGGAGUUGCUGGCUGUCUCAGUGGAGGCGGCGGUACUUGGUGGCAGAGAGGUGAAGAAGGUGCGUGAGGAAAAUAGCCUGAAGGAGAAGUCCAAGGGCAAGACGAAGGAGGGUGCCAAUGAGCUUUUGACUAUGGGCGACUUGCAGUCUCAUAGAAAGAUGUAUAACCUCUUAAAGAACACCUUCCCUGAAGUCACGGUGAACAGCGAGGAACAUGACAACAUGGUGGACAAGGCAGCAACCUGGAGUCGGGACAUUCCAGCUGACAUUCUAGACAAGAUAGAGAGAGGCAAAGAUGUUCCCUCUGAGAGCGUCACAGUGUGGAUUGAUCCUCUGGACGCCACACAGGAAUAUACAGAGAACCUUGUCAAGUAUGUGACCACAAUGGUCUGUGUGGCUGUAGAUGGUAAACCAGUCAUUGGUGUCAUACACCAGCCAUUCACUGGGUUCACUGCCUGGGCGAUUGUUGGUCAGGGAUCAAACAUGGGUCCCCGCUCGUCCUAUACCGUCAGCCCUCCAAGUGUGAUAGUAUCUCGAUCCCACUCUGGAAAAGUAAAGAAUUAUAUUCAUGAUGCUUUUGGAAACAGCACAACAAUCACAGAGGCAGGUGGAGCAGGAUAUAAGGUUCUGUCACUCCUGGAGAUGCCUGCACGAGAAACAGCUUCUGUAGACCAGGCAGAUGCAUACGUCCAUAUCACCUUUAUUAAGAAAUGGGACAUCUGUGCAGGUGCAGCUCUGCUGACAGCGCUGGGAGGCCACAUGACGACCCUGAAGGGAGAGGACAUCGACUACAGUGGAGAUCCACUGAACAAAGGAGGACUGGUGGCCAGUGUGGGUGUGGACCAUAAGGCCCUGCUGGAGAGGCUACCCAACUGGGACCUCUUAAAGCACUGAAAGGCUCAAACCCAGAGUCAUUUGCCAGUUACAACUGGUCUGAAAACUUUAAGCAGACAUGCAUGAUUUUCCAUCAUCGUGGGUCAACAAACAUCUACCAGUCAGUUGGAUUAGAGUCACUGUUACUGGCCACUGAGCAGGACUGUGGAACCAAAAUAGCUGCAACUGGAAACAGCUGUGGCUGAAUAAAUGGCUCCUACUACACACUCCCCUACAUGUAUACAUACCUGUAGCUAUGAGAAAUGGUGCAUCUUCCUCUUCACAUGCAUAUACACACAUGAACACAUGCACACACAGGGAACACUGGACAACAGUUGCCUUCCAAGAAUGCCUUUCCUUCCUCUUCAGAGGACAACAAUGUGAAGCGUUAAACUGAGGAGCACAAUAACAAUAAAAUCCAAUGGAGCGACUGAAAUUUUCAGUUACUUUUAUGAUUUUAUCAAGUCGUAUCUUCAUCGCAUAACAUUAAUAACAUCAGCUGAGCUCAGCUGGUGAAACCACCACCUGUCAUUUUUGAAGACGAGACAGAAACAAUGGGCCUUGUGGUGAACAACUGCUAUGACAUGGUGUUAACUGGACACAAGAUUCUUAAACAGUGAAUUAAGAAGUGGGUCCCAAGCAAAACUCCAGGGUCAGAAGAACAGUGAAAGAAAAUAUUAAAGAUCAUUCAACCACCACAUACUUGAUUUCAUUUCAGUUGACGUGAGUCUGUGAAAGUGUUUCCAGAAAGGUGAACUGAUAAUGAAUCAAAAACAACAGUUACGUUUUCUGUAAAUCAUGUUAUUUUAACGCCAAGGCCCAGAUUCACUAAGUUAAUAAUUUUGCUUAAAUAUAUUGUAGCCACGCAGCCCGCUUUAAAAAUGAUUUAUUAUAAAUGGAUAAGGAUUAAAUGGUAAUCCCUGGUAACUAUUGGAAUGAGAUGUGUUUUUGUUUUCUGUCUUGAUUCAAUACAUCAUACAGUCUUCACGAUGUGAUUCAAUUACAAUACAAUUAAAGGUUGAAUGACAACAAUGUG